AUGGCGGCCGGAAUUUCUUCGUUCGCCUCCAGCACUGCGGUCCGUUUCAGGCGCGGCCCGUCUCUCGUCCCAAGGCCCGUUCCGGUAGUCGGGCCGCCUAAUUUGCGGCACACGAGCUUCUUCCGGAAAUACCGGGGGAUGUCGUGGCGCGAAACCAGCAGUCGGGGACCUAAUUUGACGGUGUGCUUCGUGCUGGAGACUGAGAAAUCGGCCCAUUCGGAGGAGGAAGGUGGAGGAGCGAUUGAAGCCUCCGCCGCCUCCGCCGUGGCGGAGAAGAUGGCGCGGAAGAAAUCGGAGAGGUUCACUUACUUGGUGGCGGCAGUUAUGUCGAGCUUCGGGAUCACUUCCAUGGCGGUAAUGGCUGUUUAUUACAGAUUUUCCUGGCAAAUGGAGGGUGGAGAGGUACCUUACACAGAAAUGCUGGGUACAUUUGCUCUCUCUGUUGGAGCUGCUGUAGGCAUGGAGUUCUGGGCAAGAUGGGCGCACAAAGCUCUGUGGCAUGCUUCAUUGUGGCACAUGCACGAGUCACACCAUAAACCAAGAGAAGGACCCUUUGAACUUAACGAUGUUUUUGCAAUAAUCAAUGCUGUACCUGCCAUAGCCCUCCUCUCAUAUGGCUUUUUCCACAAAGGCCUUGUGCCGGGCCUCUGUUUUGGUGGUGGUCUUGGAAUUACGGUGUUCGGCAUGGCAUACAUGUUCGUCCAUGACGGUCUCGUUCACAAGAGGUUUCCGGUUGGGCCCAUUGCAAAUGUGCCCUAUCUUAGGAGAGUAGCAUCAGCUCACCAGCUUCAUCACUCGGACAAGUUCAAUGGAGUCCCAUAUGGAUUGUUUUUAGGACCUAAGGAGCUUGAAGACGUAGGAGGACUUGAAGAGCUGGAAAAGGAAAUUAGCAGAAGAAUUAAAUCGUCCAAGAAUUUGAGAUGA